AUGGCGAAGCAAUCCAAGAAAAGCAAAGGGCCGAAGCGCUCGAACGACUAUGCGGCGCGCCUUCAGAACGGAAUGUCUCAAAUCACUUCUCAAAUUGAAGCGAAAUUGAACGGCAAUCCAUACAAGCGAAAGAAUCCGCCUACUGAAGUGUCUGGCAAGCAGAAACAGCGAAAGCAGCGCGAUUCCGAGGGCGCACCAGCCACGAACGGCACCAGCGAUGAUAAAGAUGCUUUGCUAGCUGAGAUUAAGGCCCUGGGAGGAGAUGAAGAGGACUGGCACCUGAUCAACGACGUUGCAUCUGAUGAUGAAGUUACUUCAGGAUCAAAGGCACCGGUAGACAAGGGACUGAAGGAUGAACUAGCAGCUCUUUCAAAAGAACUUGGUUUCUCCGGAAUGAUACCCGAUGAUGCUAGCGACGAAGAGGAGGAGGAGGAGGACGUAGAAGAAGAAGACGAAGAAGAAGACGAUGAUGAGAGCGAGGAAGAGGUCAGCAACAAGAAUAAGAACAAGGGCAAAAGCGAAACCCUCAAAGCCCCAAAAGAAAAGGGACCCGCAGAGAAUGAAAUGCGAAGGAUUUUCGAACCGCGCGCGGACUGGCACGCUGCCAGGUUGGCCCAACUGCCUGAACCCCAAGUCGAUGACAUUGGUCCCUUCAUGUCGGCCAUAAACUCACUAAAAGAGCAUGGAAAAUAUCUCUUGGAGACAGAGGCGGCGAAAUAUAGAACGACCAUCUUUGCGUCUUCAUCUCACAAAUUUCUUGCCACCAUCAUGACAUCUGGUACUCUUACAGACAAGAUUUCCGCCCUCACCUUGGCUUGUCAAGAGUCCCCCGUUCACAACAUUCGCGCAUUCGAUUCUUUGAUGAACCUGGCUUCCAAGAAAAGCCGAGCCCAAGCCAUUGGAGCUAUAGGAGCACUCGUGGAUAUGCUCGGCCCCGGCACAGUGCUGCCAUCAGACCGACGAUUGAGGAACUUUCAAGCUCAGCCUGGGCUUCUGGGCUCUCUUCAACGCGCUUCCGCCAAAAUUUGGGCUCCAAGCCAGCCGCUUCCUGGUAAAAUUACACAAGCUCAUUUGAUCUCUUGGGCUUACGAAGACUGGUUGAAGGACACUUAUUUCAAAAUGAUCCAGCUCUUGGAAGUCUGGUGCUCUGAUGAAAUUGAGUAUUCAAGAAUGAGAGCCGUCGACUUUGUCUAUGCCUUACUCAAGGACAAGCCGGAACAGGAAUCAAACCUUCUCACUCUCCUGGUUAACAAGCUUGGCGAUCGCGACCGAAAGAUCUCUUCCCGAGCUUCAUAUCUUCUCUUGCAGCUGCAAAAUUCACAUCCUGGCAUGAGGCCGAUCAUCGUGCGAACAAUAGAACAGGAGAUCCUUCUUCGACCUUCAGCAGAUCAUCGAGUGCGCUACUAUGCCAUCAACACGCUCAACCAAACAAUUCUCUCAAACAAAGAGCCAGCAGUGGCUGAGUCCCUUCUUCGCAUCUACUUUGGCCUUUUCGCCACAAUUCUCAAAACUGGAAAGCUUGGAAUGCCGACAGAGGAUGAACCCAACAAGACGCAGAAAUCUGGCAAAGGCUCGUUCGGAAAGAAGGGCAAACAGUUCAAGGCUGCAGCCCCAUCUAUCCCAGAAGCCGAGGCGACUGAUAAGCUUGUGUCUGCCCUGUUGACCGGUGUGAACCGUGCCGCACCAUUUGUAGGCACCAACGAUACGGUUUUGGAACGCCAUCUUGAUACUCUCUUCAAAAUUGCGCACUCUGCCAACUUCAACACCGGUAUCCAAGCUCUACUCUUAAUUCAGCAUCUCUCUACGACAAAAAAUAUGGGCAGCGACCGCUUCUAUCGGACGCUGUACGAGUCACUGCUGGAUCCACGUCUCAUAAACUCUUCAAAACAAGCGCUUUACUUGAAUCUGUUACUGCGAGCACUGAAGAACGAUGUUGAUGUGAGAAGAGUCAAGGCUUUCGCAAAGCGAAUGCUGCAGGUAUCAGGUCUCCACCAGCCCCCCUUUAUCUGUGGUUUGCUCUACGUUAUCUCUCAUCUAAGGCAAACCUUUCCUGAUAUUUCAACGCUGGUUGAGGAACCGGAAGAAUCAGUAUUUGAUGAUGAGGCGCCUGAGGACCGUCCAACGUACGAUGGGCGCAAAAGAGAUCCCGUACACAGCAACGCUCAUAGAAGCUGUUUGUGGGAAAUGGUUCCUAUUCAACAGCACUUCCACCCAGCCGUGGAGAGAUUCGCCUCUGCGCUGCUGGAUCGAAACCAGAAGAUGAUGAAGCCCGAUAUGGAGAGCCACACUCUCAUCAAGUUUCUGGAUAAGUUCGUCUACAGGAACGCAAAGGCUUCAGAUACUCGUGGUGCUUCUAUUAUGCAGCCUCUCAAGGCGGCCAAGGACAUUGGAGAUAUUUGGCUCGGUGGUGGGCGCAGCAGCGCAUCUACAACACAAGUCAACUCUGCUGCAUUCUGGAAUAAGAAGGCAGACGACGUGGCAGCUGAAGAUGUCUUCUUCCACAAAUACUUCCAGCACGUUUCCAAGGAGCCCAAGGAAUCUACUAAGAAGGCACGCGCGACAGGCGACGCAGAGGCAGAUGAAGAUGCGGAAGAGGAUGAAAUCUGGAAGGCACUGGUUAAUGCCCAGCCUGACAUCGACGAAGAUGCUUCUGAUGCUGGCUUUGACGAUUUGGAUGAGCUGGAUAUGGCAUCUGACGACGAUUCCUCGCCUGCCCUGUCACUGGAUGGCGAUGAUGAUGAGGAGGACGAGGAUGAUGACAUGGGCGUAGAGUUCAAUGACUUUUCAGACGAAGAGGAUGUCGACGAAGAGGAUGGCCUGGUUGCCCCUGAUGUGGCCAAGUCAGACAAAGAGAAGGGCGACAAGCGCAGGGCUAGGAAGAAGAUGCUCAAGGGCCUGCCUACGUUUGCGUCUGUGGAUGACUAUGCAGAGCUUUUGGCAGGAGAAGAAGAUGACUUGUAA